AAGAUGCUAAAUGUUUGGUCCUGGAAUGUUGGGAAAUGUGAUGUGUGAGAUUUGCGGUCUGUUGGGUAUGGUUCGGUUUUGGUUAGACUGUGCUGUGCAUAACAUUUGAAACUGACGUGGCUUUUGUCUGGCAGGUGGUUGCUGUCUGUCUACUGCAUACAUAUACCAUCUUCAUCACCAUCAAUAAUACACGUACAAUAUAGAUAAGUGAAGGUUCGUAACCGCAGCAACACCGAAAAUAAAAUAAAACAAGAAAUUCUAUUUACAUAAUGGCGUGCGGUAGACUGACUGUUUUGACAAUUUUUGUAGUAUUUUGUGCCUUUAUCAGUGUAAAUGCCAGUAAGGUGAUCGAUCUGACGGAGGAGAAUUGGAGGUCGAUGCUCAAAGAUGAGUGGAUGGUGGAAUUCUACGCUCCUUGGUGUCCGGCGUGCAAAGGCCUGCAGAACACAUGGAACGAUUUCGCCUCCUGGUCCAAGGACCUAGGUAUUAGCGUAGCCAAAGUGGAUGUUACCACGUCUCCAGGCCUCAGUGGAAGAUUUAUGGUUACCGCCUUGCCAACUAUUUUUCAUGUAUAUAAUGGGCAAUUUAGACAAUAUAAGGGAAGCCGCGAUAAGGACGCCUUCUUCUCGUUCAUCGAAGACAAGAAGUGGAAGACGAUCGAACCAGUAUCCAGCUGGAAUUCACCAGAUUCCAUACAGAUGACCAUCGUCUCGGCCUUCUUCAAGCUGUCUCAGGUCCUGCGCCACUUCCACAACAUCCUGAUGGAGGAUUACGGAUUACCAUACUGGGGAUCUUACUUGAUUUUCGCAGUUGCAACGAUCCUUCUCGGCGCCGUCCUUGGUUUGGUGUUGGUUUGCAUUAUUGAUUUGAUAUAUCCUCAAAAAUACCAGAGACCAGAAAAAACCAUGAAAGGAGGAGAAUCGAAAAAGGAUAAGGACAGCGAUGAUGAGCUUGCCGAUGAAGAUAUUAAAGAUGAUUUGUUAGACGACGCUAGUCAAUCGGAUGGCGAAAAGGUGUCCAGUUCGGAUAACGAAAAGAAAGAUGCUUCAAGCAAACCGAACAGUCCCGUCAAAAAGCGUAAGUCCAGGAAGGAGUGAACCCAAAUACACAAACAAGCCACAUUUUUUUUUAAAA